AAAUCCGUGAACUAAACCUCUUAUCAUUAUGAACACAUAUAAUAAAUAUGAUGCAACCAAUCUCUUACUCAUUCUACAUAAAAAUGAUAAAAAAAAAUUUCUCUAGAAUUGUUCACAUAUCACUUUCUAAUCUAUAUUAUUUAUAACGAUUAUAAAUAAUUAUUGUAGUUAUAGAAUUUGUCAAGUUCACAUCCAACUAAUCAAUUUGUCUGCUUUUUUUAUAAGAACAAUUUCUUUCGCAGUUCAAAAUAGUAGUUAAUCAUGGUCAAAUUCGAAGGAAAAUACACUUUUGAAAGAGGUGAAAAUUUGGAUGCAUACUUUAAAGAUAUAGGUGUACCUUACAUUCCAAGGAAAAUGAUGUGUUCCUCAAGCCCUACCUUGGAAAUUGCAAAGCAAAACGAUCAAUGGUGUAUUACAGUUGUUACAUUAUUUCGAACUGUAACCUCAAAAUUUAAAUUGGGAGAAAGUUAUGAAGAAAAUAUGCCUGGAGGCACACUUAAAAACGUCACCACAUUAGAAGGAGAUAAAUUGAUAACCGAUUCUGUAGGUCCUGAAGAUAUUAAGACAAAACGGGAAUACGAAUUUUCUGAAGACGGAUGUGUAAUUGUAAGUUUAAAUAUAUUAUUUUACAGUUUUCAUUAUCACUUAGAUGUUAGUGCACACAAUCCAAUCUAGAUUGGUCGUGGUUCAUAGGGCCCAACUUAGUCAACUUUCCUAACUGUCUUUUCCUUUUUAUAACUCAUUUUUAAGCAUUUCCAAUUCAGAAUUAAUUUUUCACUUUUUAUCUGCCAUUUUUUUGAAACAAUCUAUUGUUUAUAAAGAAGAUGAAGAAAUGGUUACAAUUGCUUCAAAGUUAACACACAGGAACUAUUUCAAAUAUCAAAAGGAUAUAUCUGAAAUUAUGAUUCAAAAUAUAAACGAAUUUUUUAAAUCUAUUAUAAUCUUUAAUCUUCCAGGUUUCUAAAUUUGUCUUCAAACUGGGAUUAUUUAAAUUAAAAUUUUUAUUAUCGCGGCUUUGAAAGAACUCUAACAAAAGAAUGAACUGAUUUGAAAAGUAAUCUACCUUGUGAUUUAAUUACUUGGAAGCUAUGAGGCUGUUUCCUUUUGUUUUUGUAAAUAGCAAGCACAAAAGGCUAAACCCUUUCACACUCGAAUAAUUCUUGGUGUUCAUGAGCCACGUCUGCUUUUCAAGUAGGUCGUGCAAAUACUGUUUUAUUAUGGCAAAGGGUGGAUUAAAGCAAUCUGACGGUAGUUGUUGUGAACCAUCUUUUCUUCUUUUUUUGGUAUGGAUUGAACCCGAGAAAUUUUCCAAUCUGCAUAUAGGCUGGGUCGUAGUUUUUCCCGCGAAUCAAGAGUUGAAUUUCAAGCAAAUACGUGAUCCUAUAAGUCUGCUAUCUCUUUUGCGUUCAUUGCGAUCUCCUCCUGUCAAUGGUGGACAAUUUCAGCCUAUAUUAUGAUAAAAUUUCAUUUCCUGUCAAUCAAUUCAAUAAUUUUAAAUUAUUUGUAAACACAUGUUUUGCUGCAUAUAAUAUUUUAAAUUUUUCCUUUUUAUGGAUAGGGAGUUGAAGAGUGGAGUGCAAAUUCAGAUUUUCCACAAAAUAUUUUUUAUACUAUGCAGUACGAACUAUACAGAAUUAUAUAUUCCUACUUUACAAAUGUCAUUUGAUGUUAUCAAAUUUUCAAAGUAAUUCCAAUGCUAAAUAAUCUUUUAAUUAUCUCAAGUUUUCUUAUAAAUUGUUUCAAAGUGGUACGUGCGUAGAUAAAAACGUUACGCAAAUUUCAUCGUUCGAGACAAAAUUAAUCACAGCUGGUGGCAAAUGAACCUUUAACCCUUUCAGAUUUUUAUUUAUUUGUGAAAUUUUUUUUUUCUUGUUUCCGAGUGUUUUUUAACUCAUCAAAUAAUGGUACUGUGACUGUACAUUAUACAAACCAUUGGGACUUAUCAAUUGCCGAUCAAAAGGUCAGAAAACAAUUUUUUACUUGUUAUAAGACUUUCUUUUCAACGGAAAUUUACGAAACAAUUGCAAUUUUUUACAAGUCAAAGGUGGACUUUUGAUAAAAAAUAUGAUUACGCUGUUUGUAAUGUGCCAUUUUGCAUCUAUAUUUUAUUUCAGAAAGGUAUAGAGCAAUAAAAUCUCAUUAGGUAUGCAAAGGAACCACAAAAUGACCCAGCGAAUAUUUAAGCCACUUUCAUAGUUUGGCAUUGAUUUCAUUGUAAAAUUCUUUUUUUUUAUCAAGUGAAGGUAGUGCCACCCGGGUUGGGGUCAAUAUAUGGGUUCAGCCUAUUGUUAUCCAUUUACAAACACUGAAAAUAGUGUGCCAAAGGCGUGCCGGUAGGAUAGGUCGUAAAAAGGAAAGAAUUUUAUUUUAACAGAAUAAAAAUUAGGCAUUAUGUACAUAGAAUUAGGUACACUUAUUUUUUAUUGAAUAUUAUUCAUAAAAUAACAUUAUACAGAUUCUAUACAGUUCUAUAGGAUUUAGUUCACAAUGAUAUGGCGGGGGUGCGCGGCACAGUUUUUCUGCUAUAUCUUCCAAGGCGUAUUUCGUAAAACGAUGUUUGUGUAAAUGUGCUACAGCUAAUAGUUCUUUUUUCAUUAAAUUAUCUUCAAAUUCAAUACAUUUGGUGGUUAAUUAGUGAAUAAUUUCUUGUUUUCUCCAAGAUGAAGUUGGAGUCUUCUCUAUGCGUCGAGAAUGAUAACUUGCGUUAUCCACAACUACUACUGAAUCAGCCGGAAGAUAUUUUAUCAUUUCACCAAAAACAUCCGAAUCCAUGUUCUCGUGGUAAUCUCCCGUGUGGCGCAACUGAAAGGUUAACAAACCUUCUUUUAAAAAUCACUCUUUGCUUCCGAUAUGGACGAUUAUUAGUCUUUUCCCUUUACCUGAAGGCACCUUAGUACCCGUUGAUAGGCUUUCCAUGGAAGCUUGGCGAGCACUGGUUAUAUUUCUGUCUUGCCACAUUUUUGGUACUGAAUAAUCUUCAUUAAUCCACGUCUCAUCAAGAUAAAAGAUUUUUUUCUGCUCUGCUCUGUACUGCUUCUGAACAUCUUUUCGUUGGUGUAAAUGUCGCCAUUACAUUACUAAUCUUAUAAUACUUCGAACACUAUUUACGGUUUAACAGCAAAUACUGAUGCGUUAAACUAAACAAAUAUACUUAUAAAAGUCUAAAAAUUUUGGGUAAAGCACCAUUGCCCUAACGGCGCAUGGUUAAGCCGAAUCUGAAAUAGGGUUGGAAUUAGGCUGAGGCACGAAUAGAAGGUAAAACGCAAAACGUAACUAUAUAAUCUACUACCUAAGUAAUCCCUACACAAUAUUUCAAGACCUACACCUAUGGUCGACGCGGAACUGGACGGAAUUCCUCAUUUUAUUACUGUAUACCUUUCUGAAAUAGACUAUAGUGGGUUCCUUGUUAUUGUCCUAGGGGGGCAUAUGAUCAACAUUAUCAAACUAUACUUCAGCAAUGGGUCUUUUCUCACCUCUUCUGACAGUUUUUGAUGAUGUUGGUAUAUCAUCACAAGCUGAGCUGGUUUUUCUUAUUUUCCUUACCAUUGGUUACAUCAAAGCGAAAGUGAAGAAAAUCAAAUACUUUAUUUCUGGGAAUAUUUCUUUAGUUGACAGUCUCUUUUAUAUUCCAGCCAUGAAUUAAUCGCAAAGUCCAUUUUCGUGAAUUUAUGAAAAUUCUAUGGGUGCUAAUAAUUUGAUCUAAGUUAACACCUCCCAUUGAGUGGUUGUAUUUUGCAAUUACUUCAGACUUCGGUAAAGGUAUUCAAACCUAACAUAAUCUAAAUGCAAUAAAACAAUGAAUUAAUAAAUAUAUUUCAUUACCAACUCAACUUUUCAAUUAAGGGUCGAAAAAAUAGUUGGAAGUGAUCGAAAUGUUCGUAUUGAUUAGCACUUCAAGUUACUAUAAGGUGCAUCUCGUUUUUUUUUAAAUUUACAUACCCUUAAAACAUUUCUGUAACUUUUUAACAGAUAAUAUUUAAAAUUUCCACCACAUCUCAUUUUGAAGCUUUUACUUUAUCGUUUAAUAUGAGCUACUUUAAAUCUUUUUAUGUCAUAAAGUGAUGUCAUGUGAUAAAGUGAGAAAAAACGUCAAUUUUGUAAUAAUUUUCAUUAUAUUGUCAAUAACUUUUUAAAUAUUUAUUUUUUGGAAAAAUUGUAGAGACCUUUUUUGUAGAUUUGUUUUAAAUAAAUCUUUUUAUUUGUAACUUUUUUCAUAUCUCUCUUCGUUCAAGAAUUAUAGCUUUAUAAACAAUUAAAUUGCUUAUAAUAACUUACUUGAAUAGAUUUAUGCUUGGCACCCUCGAAAAAUCGAUUCUACACAUCAAAAAAACAUAGGGAAACGCUCUAAAACUGAGAGAAGUACGGACGGCUAUGGGACUCCCUCUCGUAGCUGCCGUACUAUUUGAGAUUUUUGUUUUAACGUUGAAAUGCAUCAUCCUUUAUAAUUAUUAAAAAUAAAACGAUUAGAAUGCGAAUUACCUCAGUAUGAAGUAUGCAAUUACAAGUUACAUCAAUGGAAAAUGUUGGAAAUGUAACAAAUAUAAUUUUAUUAUAAAAAUAAUGGUGAAUUGGAUAUGUUUUUAAGGAAUUUUAAGGCUCUACAAACAAAAAAAAAUACUGGACUCGAAAAUAGUCGGGAUCUUAAAUUUAUUAUUACAUUAAAUAUAUUGUUAUAACCUUCUCAUUAAUUUUUACCGUACUAACACAAAUCCCUCAUAUGGAAUUUUAUGAAAAUAGUUCAACAAGUUUUGGAGUUAGUUGAGGUUUUACAUUCUCAUUCUGUAUAAAUGUAAAUUUGUAUAUUUAUAAAUUUAAUACAUAUUCAUUACAGAUAUAUUAUUAUGUUACAGAUUUACUCGAAUGAAAAGAGCUCCCAUGUGGCUAAAAGAUAUUUCACGAGAGCUUAAGAUAUUUUAAGUAAUAUAUGUUAUUGUCAUUC